CAGAGAGGGGAUAACUGCAGGAGUCAAAUCAAGUGAGUGAGGGGGCCACGGAACGAGAGCCUGGGAGGAGCAGGCUUUAAAUAUAAUAAUUGAGUCCUCCAGGUCUUACCGUAAAUCACUGGGUUGCUGUCAUGAAAUAAUAUGAGGUUAAAGAAAAACGUCAAGCUCCCUGGGUGGGGUACUCAGAGCUGAUACCGCCCCAACUCAAGAACAGCCUUCGCACAUGCGCAGUGCGUGCACGUCGCGUUGGCUGAGGCACUCUCGCGAGAAAAGCCGUGGAAGCCGGAAAAAUGGCGCCUCCCAGUCCCCGAGAGUCCAAGGCCGAGUCGGCGACAAGCGCUACCAAAUCUGACGGGGAGAUGGUGCUGCCCGGCUUCCCCGAUGCAGACAGCUUCGUGAAGUUUGCUCUUGGGGCAGUGGUGGCAGUCACCAAGGCAUCUGGGGGCCUACCACAGUUUGGUGAUGAGUAUGAUUUUUACCGAAGUUUUCCUGGCUUCCAGACAUUUUGUGAAACACAGGGAGACAGGUUGCUUCAGUGCAUGAGUAGGGUAAUGCAGUACCAUGGGUGUCGAAGCAACAUUAAGGGUCAGAAUAAAGUGACUGAGCUGGAGGACAAGUUUGAUUUGCUAGUUGAUACCAAUGAUGUUAUUCUGGAAAGAGUGGGCAUUUUACUGGAUGAAGCAUCAGGUGUGAAUAAGAAUCAGCAGCCUGUCCUCCCUGCAGGAUUGCAGGUCCCUAAAACCAUAGUGUCCAGCUGGAACCGGAAGGCAGGAGAAUUUAGCAAAAAAACAAAAUCUGAAACAUUCCGGCUGCUUCAUGCAAAAAACAUCAUCCGACCUCAGCUUAAAUUCCGAGAGAAGAUUGACAAUUCCAACACGCCAUUUCUUCCUAAAAUCUUCAUCAAGCCCAACGCUCGGAAACCCCUCCCUCAGGCACUCUCUAAAGAAAGGCGGGAGCGCCCACAGGACCGACCUGAGGACUUGGAUGUCCCCCCUGCCCUGGCGGAUUUCAUCCAUCAGCAGAGAACCCAGCAGGUGGAGCAGGACAUGUUUGCACAUCCUUAUCAGUACGAACUAGAUCACUUCACUCCACCAGACUCAGUCCUUCAAAAGCCAGAGCCUCAGUUAUACAGACCUGUAGGAGAGACACCCUGCCACUUCGUGUCCUCACUGGAUGAACUAGUAGAACUCAAUGAAAAGCUCCUGAAGUGUCAAGAAUUUGCUGUAGACUUGGAGCACCACUCUUACCGGAGCUUCCUAGGGCUCACCUGCCUGAUGCAGAUUUCCACCCGGACAGAAGACUUCAUCGUUGACACCCUGGAGCUUCGCAGUGACAUGUACAUUCUCAAUGAGAGCCUCACAGACCCCGCUAUUGUUAAGGUCUUCCAUGGUGCCGAUUCAGACAUAGAAUGGCUACAGAAGGACUUUGGGUUGUAUGUGGUGAACAUGUUCGAUACCCAUCAGGCAGCACGCCUUCUUAACCUGAGCAGGCACUCCCUCGACCAUCUGCUGAAGCUCUACUGCAACGUGGACUCAAACAAGCAGUAUCAGCUGGCCGAUUGGAGAAUACGACCUCUGCCGGAGGAGAUGCUCAACUAUGCCCGAGACGACACUCAUUACCUGCUUUACAUCUAUGAUAAGAUGAGGCUGGAGCUGUGGGAGCACGGCAACGAGCAGCCCACGCAGCUGCAGGUGGAGUGGCAGCGGAGCCGGGACAUCUGCCUCAAGAAAUUCAUCAAACCUAUCUUCACGGAUGAAUCUUACCUGGAACUGUAUAGGAAGCAAAAGAAACAUCUCAACACACAGCAACUAACGGCCUUUCAGCUGCUGUUUGCCUGGAGGGAUAAAACAGCUCGCAGGGAAGAUGAAAGUUAUGGAUAUGUCCUGCCAAACCACAUGAUGCUAAAGAUAGCUGAGGAACUGCCCAAGGAACCUCAGGGCAUCAUAGCCUGCUGUAACCCUGUGCCACCUCUUGUACGGCAGCAGAUCAAUGAAAUGCAUCUUUUAAUUCAGCAAGCGCGAGAGAUGCCCCUCCUCAAGUCUGAAGUUGCAGGUGGAGUGAGGAAGAACGGGCCACCGCCCAACCCUGAGAGAUUGGAGAAUGCUCUCUUCGGCCCCCAUGACUGCUCCCACGCCCCGUCAGACGGCUGUCCUCUCACUGCAGCCAAUGGGCCUGUGCCAGUGCAGAAGCAAGAGGGCCUCCCCACUGCCCAAGAAGAAGAGGAGGCCUUGCCGGACACUGGACGCCUUAUCGCUACCGCCGUCAUCACCUUAUUUAACGAACCUAGUGCUGAAGGAAAUGGAAAGGGUCCAUUAACAGUUGCACAGAAAAAAGCCCAGAACAUAAUGGAGUCCUUUGAAAAUCCAUUUCAGAUGUUUCUGCCUUCACUAGAAUCCCGGGCUCACGUUUCUCAGACAGCAAAGUUCGAUCCAUCUUCGAAAAUCUAUGAAAUCAGCAACCGUUGGAAGCUGGCAAGCCAGGUACAGGUACAAAAAGAAUCUAAAGAAACUGCCAAGAAGAAGGCAGCUGAGCAAACAGCUGCCCAGGACCAGGCCCAGGAGAAGUGCAGAGCAGCAGCGGAGCAGGCCGUGUCCGUCCGCCAGCAGGCUGCCCUAGAGAACGCGGCCAAGAAGAGGGAACGAACAAGUGACCCGAGGACGGCAGAACAGAAACAAGAUAAGAAACGACUCAAAAUUUCCAAGAAGCUAAAAGACCCAGAUCCACCCGAAAAAGAUUUUACCCCGUAUGACUACAGCAAGUCGGAUUUCAAGGCUUUUGCUGGAGACAGCAAAUCCACACCUUCUUCCCAGUUUGACCCAAAUAAGCAGCCACAGUCUGGCAAGAAAUGCACUGCAGCCAAAAAAAUUAAACAGUCGAUGGGAAACAAAAGCAUGUCCUUUCCAACUGGAAAGUCAGACAGGUACGUGCCAGACGGCUGGCGUGGCCCGGGAGACCCGGUGAGCAGCUCCGAGGCCUUAGGGGGAAAGACUCUCAGGGGGCCGCUCCCAACCCCAUCCCGCCCUUUGUCAUUCGGAAAGCUAGCUGCGACAGGAGAGGUGCUCGCUGGAUGCCAGCCACAGCCACGGCCUCCCAGGGCUCCAGUCACCCUCAGCGCGCUCCCGGUACCAUACGGUUUCCCUGGGGCUCCUCAGAGCAAGUAGGUCUGAAGUUUGCCGAGAUCAGCUUGCUUCUGAGGAAUGAGAAAAACAAUCCGUAAGCAAGUGUGGGUUGUCACUCUUCAGGAAUAUUCUAGUCAGAGGCGUGAAACCCUGAUCCUUGAGGCAGACCCUGAGGUCAGAGGACUCACCCCCAGCUGUGGCCGUAAAGGCAGGACCUGCCUGUAGAUCUCGGUCAGCUCGGCCACGCCAGCCCCACUCUUGUCCGCCGGAGUUUCGGGGCGCAUUGCUGCCCCGCUCAGUCCUCGCAACCCCCAGACAGUCCAUCUUCCCUCAGUUCUGCAUGACUAAGGUUCGCAACGUUCUAUGAACUGGCUGAGAGCU